AUGGAAUCAUCCCCCCCAUAUAUACUGACGACGAAUCAUCUACUGCUGCCCCCCACUAAAGAUGAGUUCACAACUAUCUCAGUGACUGAGGGAGUAUCUACUGAAGCAACAGCAACUGAUGGCUUCAUCACCAUCAUAUACACUGAUGGUGAAUCGUCUACUGCUGCUACCACUAAAGAUGAGUACACAACUAUUUUACUAACUGAGAUAGUAUCUACUGAGACUAAACCAAUUGAUGGCAUCACCACCAUCAUAGUUACUGGUGAUGAAUCAUCUACUCCUGCUAUCACUAAAGAUGAGUUCACAACUAUCUCAGUAACUAAUGGAGUAUCUACUGAAUCCACAGCAACAGAUGGCAUCAACUCCAUUAUUAUUAGUGAAGACGAAUUGUCUACUGCUGCUUCCACUAAAGAUGAGUACACAACUAUUUCACUAACUGAGGGAGUAACGACUCAGUCUACACCAAUUGAUGGCAUCACCUCCAUCAUAGUUACUGAUGAUGAAUCAUCUACUCCUGCUACCACUAAAGAUGAAUUCACAACAAUCUCAGUAACAGAUGGAGUAUCUAAUGAAUCCACAGCAACGGGUGGCAUCAACACCAUUAUUGUUACUGAAGACGUAUUGUCUACUGCUACUACCACUAAACGUGAGUACACAACUAUUUCACUAACUGAGGGAGUAACUACUGAGGCUACAGAAACUGAUGGCAUCACCACCAUCAUAUAUACUGACGACGAAUCAUCGACUGUUGCUACCACUAAAGAUGAGUCCACAACUAUCUCAGUAACUGAUGGAGUAUCUACUAAAUCCACAGCAACAGAUGGCAUCAACACCAUUACUAUUACUGAAGACGAAUUGUCUACUGCUGCUACAACUAAAGAUGAGUUCACAACUAUUUCACUAACUAAGGGAGUAUCGACUGAGUCUACACCAAUUGAUGGCAUCACCACCAUCAUAGUUACUGAUGAUGAAUCAUCUACUCCUGCUACCACUAAAGAUGAAUUCACAACUAUCUCAGUAACUGAGGGAGUUUCUACUGAAUCCACAGCAACAGAUGGCAUCAACACCACUAUUGUUACUGAAGACGAACUGUCUACUGCUGCAACCACUAAAGAUGAGUACACAACUAUUUCACUAACUGAGAGAGUAUCUAAUGAAGCUACACCAACUGAUGGCAUCACCACCAUCAUAGUUACUGAUGACGAAUCAUCUACUCCUGAUACCACUAAAGACGAGUUCACAACUAUCUCAGUAACUGAGGGAGUAUCUACUGAAGCAACAGCAACUGAUGGCAUCAUCACCAUCAUAUAUACUGACGACGAAUCGUCUACAGCUGCUACCACUAAAGAUGAGAUCACAACUAUUUCACUAACUGAGAGAAUAUCUACUGAUGGCACAAUCACCAUUAUAUACACUGACGACGAAUCUUCUACUGGUGGUACCACUAAAGAUGAGUUCGCAACUAUUUCACUAACUGAGAGAGUAUCUACUGAGGCUACACCAAUUGAUGGCAUCACCACCAUCACAGGUACUGAUGAUGAAUCAUCUACUCCUGCUAUCACUAAAGAUGCGUUCACAACUAUCACAGUAACUGAUGGAGUAUCUACCGAAUCCACAGGAGCAGAUGGCAUCAACACCAUUAUUGUUACUGAAGACGAAUUGUCUACUGCUGCUGCCACUAAAGAUGAGUACACAACUAAUUCACUAACUGAGAAAGUAUCUACUGAGGCUACACCAAUUGAUGACAUCAUCACCAUUAUAUAUACUGACGACGAAUCAUCUACGCUUGCUACCACUAAAGAUGAAUUCACAACUAUCCCAGUAACUGAGAGAGUAUCUACUGAGGCUACACCAAUUGGUGGCAUCACCACCAUCUUAUAUACUGACGAUGAAUCAUCAACACCUGCUACCAGUAAAGAUGAGUUCACAAAUAUCUCAGGAACUGAUGGAGUAUCUACUGAGGCUACAGCAACUUAUGGCAUCACUACCAUCAUAUAUACUGACGACGAAUCAUCUACUCCUGCUACCACUAAAGCUGAUAUCACAACUAUUUCACUAACUGAGAGAGUAUCUACUGAGGCUACAUCAAUUGAUGGCAUCACCACCAUCAUAGUUACUGGUGAUGAAUCAUCUACUCCUGCUACCACUAAAGCUGAGUUCACAACUAUCUCAGUUACUGAUGGAGUAUCUACUGAAUCCACAGCAACAGAUGGCAUAAACACCAUUAUUAUUACUGAAGACGAAUUGUCUACUGCUGCUACCACUAAAGAUGAGUACACAACUAUUUCACUAAGUGAGAGUGUAUCUACUGAGGCUACGCCAACUGAUGGCAUCACCACCAUCAUAGUUUCUGAUGAUGAAUCAUCUACUACUGCUGCUACCACUAAAGACGUGUUCACAACUAUUUUACUAACUGAAGGAGUAACGACUGAGUCUACACCAAUUGAUGGCAUCACCACCAUCAUAGUUACUGAUGAUGAAUCAUCUACUCCUGCUACCACUAACGACGAGUUCACAAAUAUCUCAGGAACUGGUGGAGUAUCUACUGAGGUUACAGCAACUGAUGGUAUCACCACCAUCAUAUAUAUUGACGACGAGUCAUCUACUACAGCUACCACUAAAGAUGAGUUCACAACUAUCGCAGUAACUGAGGGAGUAUCUACUGAGGCUACAGCAUCUUAUGGCAUCACUACCAUCAUAUAUACUGACGACGAAUCAUCUACUCCUGCUACCACUAAAGCUGAGUUCACAACUAUCUCAGUAACUGAUGGAGUAUCUACUGAAUCCACAGCAACAGAUGGCAUCAACACCAUUAUUAUUACUGAAGACGAAUUGUCUACAGCUGCUACCAUUAAAGAUGAGUUCACAACUAUUUCACUAAAUGAGGGAGUAUCGACUGAGACUACAGCAAUUGAUGGCAUCACCACCAUCAUAUUUAUUGACGAUGAAUCAUCUACUGCUGCUACCAUUAAAGAUGAGUUCACAACUAUUUCACUAACUGAAGGAGUAACGACUGAGUCUACACCAAUUGAUGGCAUCACCACCAUCAUAGUUACUGAUGAUGAAUCAUCUACUCCUGCUACCACUAAAGAUGAGUUCACAAAUAUCUCAGGAACUGGUGGAGCAUCUACUGAGGUUAGAGCUACUGAUGGCAUCAACACCAUUAUUAUUACUGAAGACGAAUUGUCUACUGCUGCUUCCACUAAAGAUGAGUACACAACUAUUUCACUAAGUGAGAGAGUAUCUACUGAGGCUACACCAACUGAUGGCAUCACCACCAUCAUAGUUACUGAUGAUGAAUCAUCUACUCCUGCUACCACUAAAGACGUGUUCACAACUAUUUCACUAACUGAAGGAGUAACGACUGAGUCUACACCAAUUGAUGGCAUCACCACCAUCAUAGUUACUGAUGAUGAAUCAUCUACUCUUGCUACCACUAAAGAUGAGUUCACAAAUAUCUCAGGAACUGGUGGAGUAUCUACUGAAGUUAGAGCAACUGAUGGUAUCACCACCAUCAUAUAUAUUGACGACGAGUCAUCUACUCUUGCUACCACUAAAUAUGAGUUCACAACUAUCGCAGUAACUGAGGGAGUAUCUACUGAGGCUACAGCAACUUAUGGCAUCACUACCAUCAUAUAUACUGACGACGAAUCAUCUACUCCUGCUACCACUAAAGCUGAGUUCACAACUAUCUCAGUAACUGAUGGAGUAUCUACUGAAUCCACAGCAACAGAUGGCAUCAACACCAUUAUUAUUACUGAAGACGAAUUGUCUACUGCUGCUACCACUAAAGAUGAGUACACAACUAUUUCACUAACUGAGGGAGUAUCGACUGAGGCUACACCAAUUGAUGGCAUCACCACCAUCAUAGUUACUGGUGAUGAAUCAUCUACUUCUGCUACCACUGAAGAUGAGUUCACAACUAUCUCAGUAACUGAUGGAGUAUCUACUGAAUCCACAGCAACAGAUGGCAUAAACACCAUUAUUAUUACUGAAGACGAAUUGUCUACUGCUGCUACCACUAAAGUUGAGUACACAACUAUCUCAGUAACUGAUGGA